AUGGCCCCUCAACAACAGGUGGCCUUUCGGAUCCAUGUCGUUUACCGGGUCUUCUUCUUCCUCAUCGAGCCCCUAUCCGCCCUCGUGGGUGCCUUUUACAGCCACUUCCGCCAGCAUGAGUACCUCUCGCUGCUGAACGCGGCGUCGACGGCCGAGCAGGUGCCGCUGAGCACAUCGGUGGCGCUGUCGCAGCUGUCCAACAUGUACCUGUUCUUCGCGCUCAACGAGGCGCUCGUGCUCCGAUCGACGGCCGACCUGCGAGUGUGGCGCGCGGUGCUGACGGUGCUGCUGCUGGCGGACCUGGGCCACCUGUACUCGCUUCGGGAGCUCGGGCUCGAAAUCUACUACAAUGUCGCGGGGUGGAACGUGAGCGACCUGGGCAACGUGCCGUGGGUCUACGUCGGAGCGACGCUGCGAGUGUGUUUCCUGGCGGGGAUUGGGCUGGGCGAGUCGCGGGCCCUGAAGCGCAAGGACUGGAAGAAGAGCGAGUGA